ACUCUUAGUGAGUGCAAUUAUAAAAAAUCAUUAUCUAGUGAUCACAAACGACUGGAAAGGUCAUGGAAGUAGUUAACUGGUCAAAAGGUCUGUGAAUCAUAGCUCUAGCUCUUAAUAUCAGGACCGAGCUGAGAAGCAUGGACAAUCUGGUUUGAUGCUCGAAACGGGCUGCAGUUCUGCUUCAGUCCGCUAGGUGGCGCAUUUCUCUGUGUAGUAUGUGUGAGAGCGGCGCCUCCCUGACCGUUCCUGUCACAGGGCUGCCUCAGGAGCGCACGGACGGACAUGGAUGGCACUCAAGGACUUUCACUUUAUCGCUAUGCUGGAUGCUCUUGGCCUUUACAUGUUUUUUUUAUUUUUUAUUUUCUUCUUCCUGUGAUAGGAAGCGCUUGGAAAUAAGUUUAAAAGUUCAAACAAGUUUUUUUUUUUUUUUUUUUUUUUUUUUUUUAACUUAAUCAGUUAAAACACCGAACGUCUGUGUGAACAAGUGUCAGGAUUUACACAUAAUCUGAUUUUCUCACAAUUCUGCUGUUCAAAUAUUAUUCCUGGGAUUGUAAAAUGGAAACUGGAGAUCUAAUACCAGCGAGUGGGACGAAGCUUGAUAUUUAUUCUACAACCUAAUAGUAUUGGACAUUCUGGAUUUGGAUUUUUUCGAGGAUUUCCUGAGGGCAAAAUAAUGGAAAUACAAUUUUUAAGCUUAUUUUGUUUGCUGGCCUGUUUUGAACUUUCAGUUCUUACAAAUAGUCAUAAUAUGACCGAUAUAGCGUUAAAAAACAGUUAUUUUACACAGAAAGUGCGUAAAAUAAGCAAUGAGAGACGUGUAAUUACCAAUAAACUGUAUUACGAAACAGGUGAAAAAGGAUUACAAUAUACAGGCGUGACUACAUCGCCCGAGACUACGAUAUCGAUAAAAACGAUACAUGUAUCGAGCGAAAAUCGCUCCGUGAACGUGAGCAAUGAACGAAGGGUACGAAAUCGAGGAGCAUCGAUACAGAACUACGAAAAGUCUCAAAAAAUGGACAAACAUAGCCAUUCUAAAUCAAUAUUGAGACAAACAAAUAACGAAAGUCGUAUAAAAGUGAGCUAUCCCAGACAGAAAAGAGCUGCUGUCAAUGAGAGCAAAAGGGAUCGAUCAGUACCGAAGCCUGAAGCGCAGAUCCAGCCUACUGACUUUCCCAUAAAUUCCUCAACCAUCCCUGAAUGGGGCACCUCAUCUGGAGAAGACUAUGAAGAGCUCUUCACCCCGUUCAUUCCAUUCAAUACCCGAUCAAGAACCCCAGGGGUCAGGAAUCCAUUUUACCCAUUGACAAGUGAAUCGUAUGGCGCAUAUGCUGUCAUGUGCAUCUCCAUUACCCUUUUCGUUGUGGGCAUCAUUGGGAAUAUAGCAAUCAUGUGCAUUGUGUGCCACAAUUACUACAUGAGAAGCAUUUCAAACUCCUUGCUGGCCAAUCUUGCCCUGUGGGAUUUUGUCAUCCUCUUUUUCUGCUUGCCACUGGUUAUGUUCCAUGAACUCACUAAGGAUUGGCUCCUUGGGGAAUUCUCGUGUAAAAUCAUUCCCUACAUUGAGGUGGCUUCUUUGGGAGUGACUACAUUCACACUUUGUGCAUUGUGCAUCGACCGUUUCCGUGCAGCGAGCAACGUCCAGAUGUACUACGAGAUGAUCGAGAACUGCAGUUCCACUGCAGCCAAGCUAAUGGUGAUCUGGCUCGGUGCUCUCCUCCUGGCCUUGCCCGAGCUCCUCAUCCGGCAGCUGGUGAAAGAGGAGCAUGAGCCUCCGGAGGUGAUGCCCUGUGAGCAUUGCGUAGUCCGAAUCUCCACGGCACUCCCAGACACGCUCUAUGUUCUCGGACUCACCUACAACAGCGCUCGCCUUUGGUGGUACUUUGGCUGCUACUUUUGCUUGCCUACCCUCUUCACCAUCAUAAGCUCGGUGACGACUGCUCACAAGAUCCGCAAGGCAGAGCGCUCCAGUGUUCGCGGCAAUCGCAAACAGAUCCAACUGGAGAGCCAAAUGAACUGCAUCAUCGUAGCUCUGGCCAUCCUGUAUGGCUUGUGCAUCAUUCCAGAGAACAUUAGCAACAUCGUAUCCGUGUACAUGGCUACGGGGGUGCCACGUCGCACACUGGAUAUCCUGCAUCUGGUAAGUCAGAUGAUGCUGUUCUGCAAAUCGGCGGUUACACCUGUGCUUCUUUUGGUACUUUGUCGGCCUUUCAGUAAAGCAUUCCUGGAUUGUUGCUGCUGUUGCUUUGAAGAGUGCGGCCCACCAAAGUCCUCCACGGCCACCAGCGAUGACAACGAUCAGGACGCCACCACUGACCUAGAGCUUUCACCCUACAGCACCGUCCGCAGGGAAGCAUCCACCUUCCCGAGAGCGGGAACGCACUGCUGAGCUUGUACCCUACCUAAGGGAUACACAUUACCCUUGUUUGGUACAUUACCAAGAGCUCAGAUUUACUGAAUAAACCCAUCAAGAGAAGUCAUUUUCUCUGGCUGCACAAUUUUGAGAUUUAAGUGUGGUUCUUAUUUUAAUACUGCCUAAUGCUAGGCUGUGUUUUGAAGAAGAUGCCACAAACUUGGCAUUUUACCUUGGAAGAUAGGGAUAAGGACAGAUGGUCUUAGAGAUGCAACUGCCAUAUUGCUGUUUACAAUUAAAAACAUAUUGUAUUGUUUAGUUUGUUGGAAGUUUAUAGGAAGUCUAGAGAGAUUAUCAAUUAACUCACAUGCAUAUGUUAUAACUGCACAAUUUUCUUACCUCUAUAUUUUUCAGUUGUAAAGAAAUAGUUCACCCAAAAUUUUGGCUCUCAUUUACAGUUCUCGCCCUGUUGACGGCUGAAACCCGUAUUGCUUUUUACUUCCAUGGAACAUAAAAGAAGUGUCUUGUAGAUUAUCCAAGCUGCUCUUUUCCAGCAACAUAAAAGUUUCAUUUAAGUAGUACAUGCAACUCCUGAGUUACAGUAUACUCAGAGUCUUCUGAAGCCAUACAGCCUUAUCUCCUUUGCACUUGCACAUUUUGAAGCUUGUCAAACAUUGGUACUCUUGUAUUACAGGGGCACUACUAGGAUACAAUCAUUGAUAUUUAGGUUGUGCAACUGGUUGCCUCUUCACUGGACGGGGUUUGGGGGGCUGUGGAUGAGGAGGGGGCAUCCCCCUUUAUCAUUUUGGAAUCAUCAUUUGGUCGGAAUUGCCACCCAGCCACAGGUCCCCAUAAGGUCUGGGCCAUGGUGUGUUGGAUGCACCGUGUUUAAAUGGGGGAAACAGCAGUUUGGAUAUUUUGCAAUACAUCUUUUUCAGUUCUAUGCAAGAAAGAAAAUCAUAUGUUUCUAACAACAUGCGUAAAUGAUGAUGUAAUUUUCAUUUUUGGGUGAAGUAUUCCUUUAAUAUGGUAAUUUGCGUCUUUUUUUUAAAUGUGCUUCUGAGUCUUAUGGAAAGUAAUAUAUAGAAAAUGGCUGUUCGUAGUGUGUUGCGAUGUUAUGGAAAGUGGCGAUUCUUGUGAAUCGGUUAAAAGUUAAGCCUAGCUCCCUUGCUAUGUAAGUUUAAAAUUCACUCUGUAUUUGCUAGCAGAAAAAAAAAUGUGUUAAAUGUUCUUCAGACUUUGGAAAGCACUGAAGCGUCUGUUGUUUUAGCCAAGACAUGUCACUUUAAUAAAAAAACAAAA